CGCAGUUUUAUUAUCGUGUUAAAUAUUGAGAUUUUGGAGGAGAUUGCUUUAGAUGGAAAAUGUUUUCCUUUCUAGCAGCUUUGACAGAUCGAUUCAAAUUCUUCUCGUUCUCAGCUCCAAUUGCUCUAUGGGUACCGAAAUUCACUCUUCCUAUGGAUCUCUCAUUCCUAGAAUCACAAUUUCUCCAUCUCCGACGAGAAUCUCUACUACUUUUAACUUUUCCAGUUCCGGAUACUCGCGGCGGCGACUCGUCUAUGGCUGCUCAUGCUCCAACCACCAAGUAGUCACAGAGGAACUGUCGAUUUCAACGUACAAUCGCCGGAUCCGCUAUUGCUGUAGAACAGGUGGGAUCGACGAAGCUAUGUCUAUCCUGGCCGAAUUGGAUUCUCUCGGGUCCCAUCCCGAUCCUCUCUCGUACGUUAGUCUGAUCGAAACCCUCAAUGGUCUGGGAAGAACCCUCGAAGCCGAUGCUCUUUUCCAGGAAGUAGUUCGAUUCGGUCUCCAUGGAAGCUAUCCGUUGAGGUUGUACAACGCUUUGCUCAGUGGGUAUUUGAGAAAAGGUCAGUUAGAGUUAGCUCUUAGGGUUUUGGAUCAUAUGGAAAUUAAAAAUGUCGAGAAAAAUCAAGAAACUUUUGAGAUUCUCUUGAGUUACUACGUUAGUGCUGGGAGAUUGGAGGAAUCGUGGCGUGUGGUUAAUGAGAUGAAGAAGAGAAAGGUCCCUUUGAAUUCUUUUGUGUAUGGGAAGAUCAUACGUAUGUACAGAGACAAUGGUAUGUGGAAGAAAGCAUUAGGGAUUGUAGAGGAGAUUAAAGAGAUUGGUUUGCCUAUGGAUGUAGAGGUAUACAACAGCAUUGUAGAUACGUUUGGUAAGUACGGAGAAUUAGAUGAAGCGUUACAAGUCUUGCGGAAAAUGCAAAGCUCUAGUGAUCCGAAGCCGAAUAUAAGCACAUGGAACUCGAUAAUACGGUGGCACUGUCAUCACGGCGCGGUAGAUACGGCGCUUGAGCUGUUCACGAUGAUGCAAGAACAAGGGAUUUAUCCUGACCCUAGGAUAUUCGUGAAACUUAUCACACUUUUGGGAGAGAAAGGGAACUGGAACAUGAUAAGUAGAAGUUUUGCGUCUAUAGAAUGUAAGGAACAUAGAGAUACAAGAGCGAUUUACGCAGCUUUAGUUGACAUUAUUGGUCAGUUUGGGAGUUUCCAUGAUGCUGAGAAACUUGUGGGUAAGCUCAAGUCAGAAGGUGUGGCUCCUUCAGCUAAUAUGUUCUGUACUUUGGCUAAUGCUUAUGCUCAACAGGGACUAUGCAAACAAACGGUUAAAGUGCUCAAGCUGAUGGAGAACGAGGGGAUUGAACCAAAUUUGAUCAUGCUGAAUGUUUUGAUUAAUGCUUUUGGAACUUCUGGGAAGCACAUGGAAGCUCUAUCUAUUUAUCACCACAUUAAAGAAAGCGGAUUCACCCCCGAUGUGGUUACCUAUAGUACACUUAUGAAAGCAUUCACUCGAGCAAGGAAGUAUGAGAAGGUUCCAGAAAUAUUCAGGGAAAUGGAAGCCUCUGGGUGUACUGCAGAUAGGAAAGCAAGACAGCUAUUGCAAAAUGCUCUUAUGGUUCUUGACAAAAGACAUUAACUAUUCCAUGGCUCGUUCAUCGGUGAGCCCCAACAUCUGCUUUGUGCUUAAGAACCAGAUCCUUUUAAGGAAAAAACGCCUCCUUCAUGCAAAUCUUGUGCUUCUUCCAAUUUUGAGGCGUAGAUGGGAAUCAGUCUGAAUCGGUAAACAGCUGUUGGCGACAAUGUGAUUAAAUAAGUAUGAGAGAAGGAACAAGGAUCUGGUAUAAACGGAAUUGAUGAGUUUGUAAGACUGAUGAGACUUGAAGAGCAGCAAGAUACGAAUGAUGUUUACUCGUCAAGUGGCUUGGGUUCCGGAGUCUCUCGAGCUUGAUAUUGCAUAUGGGAUGAGUGUGAGGCAAAUGACGUUUUACCAUCAAGGCUGAUCCGUUCACAACACUUACAGCGUGCGUGAGACUUGAAGGGAUUCUUAGGACAUCGCAAGUGUUCUUCACUAAAGAGACACUAGUUGCUGGUGUUGGAGUAGAUGCAUCCACCCAUGAACACUAACCAUUUUUCCAAGGUGGUUCUUUAGGGGGUCGGUAUUGAUAAAAUUUUAUCAAUGGGCUUACUCAAGUAUUUUGGUUGGGUUUUGCUGGGCUUGUGGCAUAUUAUACUAUCUUGAGAGAUUUAUGGCACUUUGUGAGUUUUGGUUAAAAAAAAACAUUUUGUAGAGAAGAGACACUUUGUCUACUGUUGAUAAUAUGUUAAUUCGAUUCUGUCCUUUCUCUUUCUUUAUAAUUAUCCACAUAUGUUCAUCUACAUGGUCGAAAUAUUUUAGCUAUUUA